AUGGAUGACAUUUGGAGUGCGGAAGUUUGUGAUGAUGUGUGGAAGCUAUUUCCUGACAAUCAUAAUGGAAGCCGGAUCAUAUUAACCACAAGGCUUAUUGAAGUGGCAACUUAUGCUGCCACUGGGCAGAAAAUUCAUAUGAUGCGGUUCUUGGAUGACGAACAAAGUUGGCGAUUGUUCCACCACAAGCCUUCCCUCAAGAUUAUGACAUCCGUGCCUCAUGAACUCAUCAAACUUUGGAUAGCUGAGGGCUUUAUGGAAUGGCAAAAUGAAUCUGAAAGAGUAGAAGUCGUGGCGGAAGGGUGGUUGGAGGAAUUGAUAAACCAAAGUCUAGUUUUGAUCACUAGCUGGAAAAUUGAUGGCAAAAUCAAAAGUUGCAGGCUUCAUAGUAUGGUGCGGGACUUUUGUGUGAGACAGGCCGGGCAUGAGAAGUUCCUUCUUCCUGUCAUGGACUACUUCCCUACUCCUAUCUUAAGAAAACAUUUUCUUCCACAAGUCCUCCAAAACCAUCCACGCAUAAGUGUUAGCUGGCAUGAUCUACAUCUUAGAGACUCUAUACAUAGCUUGUCUACCACUUCUAUCAUAUGCAUCCCACAAAGAGGGUAUAGGCCCAAAGGCUCUGUAGAGAACUUUACCUCACUUAGAGUUCUUCAUGUUUUACGCAGAAACGAUCGUUCUUAUUGGGAGCUUGGUCAAGUAUUUGAAUUGAUAUAUCUCACUUACCUUGCUUCCAACAUUCCUGAUAGUAUUGUCCCUCCAGCUAUAGCAAAGCUUCAAAAUCUUCAGACUUUAAUUAUUUAUAGAUUUGACGUUCGUUUGCCAGUGGAGAUUUGGAGUCUGAGACAGUUGAGAAAUCUUAUCGCCUUCUCAUUUCAACCUUUACCCCUUCCCAAAGGAGAAGCACCUUUAAAAAGCUUAGCAACGUGA